CGGACUCUCGGCUUCGAUAUAUCUUGCCUCUGUCAAACUGCGCCAUUCCGCUUGAUUGUCAACAUGGCGAGUACCGUGGCUAACAAGUGUCUCAGUCCUCUGGCUUUCCUCACCAGGAGGCUCUCUGCUCCGGAGUUCAUCACCCAGUGUUGCUACCACAAGAAGGUGGUGGAUCAUUAUGAGAACCCAAGAAAUGUCGGCACGCUGGACAAACACUCGAAGAAUGUUGGGACCGGUUUGGUGGGUGCUCCAGCCUGCGGUGAUGUAAUGAAGCUCCAGAUUGAGGUUGAUGACCAGGGGAAGAUUGUGGAUGCCAGGUUCAAGACUUUUGGCUGCGGUUCUGCUAUUGCCUCCAGCUCUCUGGCCACUGAGUGGGUGAAGGGCAAAUCUGUGGAGGAAGCUUUGACAAUAAAGAACACUGACAUUGCCAAAGAGCUCUGUCUUCCACCGGUUAAACUUCACUGCUCCAUGCUUGCAGAGGAUGCCAUCAAGGCUGCCCUGGCUGACUAUCGCCUCAAGCAGCAAGAUGACCAGCAGGGGGCAGUCAGAGCCAGCAGUUAAAGAGAGCACUCCUACUCUGAGCUGGGUGCCACUGUUAGCUCCCCGCUGUCAAGAGGUUGUCCAGAAUCCUCACUUUCCUGCAGUAUUGAUGAGGCACACCUAAUAUGUUGAUGACCAGUACACCAUCGUAAUCGUCAUCCCUCCGUAGCAGUGUCACACCAGGCUUUCUGUUUUAGUCUGUGGUCCUUUUAAACCCUGCAUACUGAGUCUUUUUAGCCUGUCACGUAAAUGCACAAAAAAGCACUGUUUGGACUGUUUGUAUAAAAGGUGAGCCUUAUUUUUGAGAUUGUGUUAUAUUUUAAGAUUUCGUGCUUGGGGAGUGUUUAGUUUGAGUGGUGUGAUGGAGAUGGGGGAUGAAAGCUUAAAGGCCGUAUCCUAUCUGCACCCUAAGCACUGACCUUUUGAUAUGCAAUGAAACAAAGUGUCUUGAAACAAUGAAAGGGUCCACUGGUUUUAAGUGUAAUUCAUGAUUCUGUAGUAAUGCUUCCUUCCCAGUGUGAAAUAAAAGCAUCCUGAAACCAAAA